UUUCCACCGUUGGAACUGGAAGUCCCCAUCAUUCCAGAACCUACUUUGGAGGCUGGUGCUACAGCCCUGCAGCCAAAUGCAGCUCCUUCAAAGCCCCCUAUGGUGACACUUCCACCACCAGAGACUGUUCAGGCUCAUCAGCCAACCUUCACACCAUUUGACCGGGAACUCACCAUCACUCCAGAACCGACUCUGGAGGCUGAUGCUACUGCCCUGCAGCAGAUUAUUGCUCCUCCAAAGCACCCUGAAGUGGGACUUCAACAUCCAGAACUUGUUCAGGUUCAGCAGCCAUCUUUUUCUGAAGUCACAGCCACAGUUCUAUCGUUUGACCUGGAAGUUACAAUAACUCAGCAACCAGAGUCAUCAGAGACAGUUCCUUCAAUGACUGAACAGAAUGCCACCAUGAACAUAUGUGAGCUCUGUUCCUGCAAUAAUGGGACACUGUCUUAUAUUGGUUUUGGCUCAAACCAGAGGCUCCACAGAGUGCCAGUACCAGAGCCCAGCACCGACAAUGGCACCUUCACCAUCUUAAUUCUCUAUCAUAAUCCCCUGAUGGCUGUUCAAGAUCCAUAUCUUUUUAAUUUGCCAGCAUUGAAAUAUUUAGACAUGGUUAUAACAACACAAGUGACAUUUACAACACUUGAUAACAUUCUCAUGACGACUCCUGAAUUAGAAAAACUUAUCUUACCUAACCAUUUGGCCUGCUGCCUCUGCCAAUUUAAAAAUUAUAUUGAGGCUGUCGCCAAGACAGUGAAACGGCAUUGUGAUACCGAAUGUCUGACCAACGCACCUUGUGAUGAAGAACUCCUAGUACAAGGACCGCUCAUGAAAGUAUUACCAGGCUGGCAGAACACAAGCACUGAGCUGACAGUUGAGCCAGAGAGGGCAUCCUCAAACAAAAAUAGCGACACUUCCUCAUCCCCUAUGAGCCUUCUGAUGGGACUGCUCACUGAGCAGCAGGAAGUAAAGAUAUCCAACGCAGAGUGGGAUGCGGAACGAUGGAAAAAUGAGAGGAUGCAAGCCCCUGGGGAGCAGGCAGAGCAGGAGUCAAAUGAGUUCACAAAAGAAGUGGCAGGAUAUGAGAACUACAACAAAGUCAUCAUAGCAUCACCUGUGAUUGCAGUAGUAGCUUUUUUUUUUGUAGUUUUCUGUCUCAUUGUGGCAGGCUACUGA